AAAUACGUUCAGAUGUGUUACCUGUUUUUGCAAGGUCUACAUCAGUAUUGUCGGCAAAAGCUUAUACCAGACCCACUACAUUAAAUCAACCAGUCAUUCUAAAUGGUGAUCAUAAUCCCACAAUUGUGAUUAAUCCAAAUGAUAUUAUAGUUGGUGAUUUGGAUGGUGUUGUUUGUAUACCAUCAGGAUUGUUGGAUGAGGUUAUAAAAUUGUGUAAGAAAUAUGUAGUUAUGGAUGAAAAUGUUAGACAAGAAUUAUUAAAGGGGUCCUCAAUUGUUGAAGCAUUUUCAUUACAUCGACCACCAGAUGUUAAUUCUAAAAAUAUAUCAACAACAACAAUGCCACCACCACCAUUAAGUGUAGGAAGUAGUAGGAGUGCAUCUAGUGCAAGUAAUUGCCACCCUGUUCGAGUUAGAUAUGUAGAUGUUAUGAAUCAAAUACCACCUUCAAACUAA